GACAUCAGUUUGGGUACAAAAUAGUGAGUCAGGGGGUCACUCGAAUGCUGGACAGCAUAAUGAGACAAAGUGAACCAAGACACGACUUGGACCGUGGCAGACAGUCAGCAACUGUGAUUUCCAUUUCAUGAUAAGGUCUAGGUCAAGAAAAGCAGGCCAAGGUGACCGACGUACAGGGAGGGAGCGCUCCACAGAAGGUGUGGAAAGUGGGUUGGCCGAAGAUUGGAACUGUGGUCCGGAGAAGUGUCUCCCCAGGGAGCCGCACAAGCAAAGUCCUGUGGCCCAGCCUCACAGGAUGCUGGAACUACAGGUGUGCCUCCACCGGCGCGGGCCCCAGCUGCACAUGCUGUAAUUUGCAUGGACACCCAGGGAAGAUCACAGCUACUUAGUGGCAUUUAUGCAAGAUGCCUCAUGCCUCUCCAGGGGAAGCUUGCAAGGCCCCGGGGCGGAGUUUUCGAAGCGACCCUGCCUACGCUGUACUGCAAACCAUUCCAUCUGUGGAAGCCUUGUGAACUACAAUUCCCAGAAGGCUACGGGACAGUGUCUGAGGUGCAAGCGUAAAGGCCUAAGGGGACGUCAGGGCGUGUCCUGUGUGCCAAUUGGUCAGAAUCUGAAAACGCGCGCAGAAACCGGAAUCUGCAACCUCCGUGACUGCAGGUGUAGGGAGCGGCAGUAUGGACCUCAGCGAGCUGGAAAAGGACAAUACCGGGCGCUGUCGCCUGAGCUCGCCCGUGCCCGCCGUGUGUUGCAAAGAGCCCUGUGUCCUGGGCGUGGAUGAAGCCGGCCGGGGCCCCGUACUGGGUCCCAUGGUCUAUGCCAUCUGUUAUUGUCCCCAGUCCCGCCUGGCAGAUCUGGAGGCCUUGAAAGUGGCAGAUUCAAAGACCCUGUCGGAGAACGAACGGGACAGGCUGUUUUCGAAAAUGCAGGAAGACAGGGACUUUGUGGGCUGGGCCCUGGACGUGCUAUCUCCAAACCUCAUCUCCACCAGCAUGCUUGGGCGGGUCAAAUACAACCUGAACUCCCUCUCCCAUGACACAGCCUCCGGGCUGAUCCAGCACGCACUGGACCAGGGUGUGAACGUCACCCAGGUAUUCGUGGACACUGUGGGACUGGCAGCGUCAUACCAGGAGCGGCUGCAGCAGCGCUUUCCUGACGUUACAGUGACUGUCAAAGCCAAAGCAGACGCCCUCUACCCUGUGGUCAGUGCCGCCAGCAUCUGCGCCAAGGUGGCUCGAGACCAGGCCGUGAAGAGCUGGCAGUUUGUGGAGAAAGAACAGGACCUGGAUGCUGACUACGGCUCAGGCUACCCCAAUGACCCCAAGACGAAGGCCUGGCUGAGAAGGCACGUGGAGCCUGUAUUCGGCUUUCCACAGCUCGUGCGGUUCAGCUGGCGUACAGCCCAGGCCAUUCUGGAGACCGAGGCGGAAAACGUUACCUGGGAGGACUCUGCACUCGAGGAGCAGGAGGGAUCCAGGAAGAUCACGUCCUAUUUCCAAGGCGAAGGCCCGCAGGCCCGCCACCCACACCGGUACUUCCAGGAGCGGGGCCUGGAGCCAGCCACUGCCCUCUAGGAGCUGCCAGCGGCCCUCUGCCCGCCCCUGCCUCCCUCUAGGAUUAAAGCUGUCUGGGGACAA